GAAGUUGGUCAGCGCUAUAUAAACACCAAAUCCAGAAAAUUCUAGGGUAUAAAAACACCCAAAUUUCUCCAAUUUUCGUACCACACAGAUUCAUCUCACUUUCAAACAUCAUCAAAUAUAAAGCUUACAACUUCAGAGCGAAGCAACCAUACUCGAUCAUCUUUGUAAUCAAUGGCGACAUUCGAGUUGUACCGGAGGUCGACAAUUGGAAUGUGUUUGACGGAGACGUUGGAUGAGAUGGUUCAGAGUGGUACUCUCAGUCCCGAGUUUGCGAUUCAAGUUCUUGUUCAGUUUGAUAAGUCGAUGACCGAAGCGCUUGAGGCUCAAGUGAGGACCAAAGUAACAAUCAAGGGACAUCUACACACCUACAGAUUCUGCGACAAUGUGUGGACCUUCAUCUUACAGGAUGCACUGUUUAAAAGCGAGGAGUUGCAGGAGAAUGUCAGCCGAGUUAAAAUAGUGGCAUGCGACUCUAAGCUUCUCACUCAGUAGUAUGGUCAGACCGUAUAUCACCGUAUGACAUGUUCUUCACAUUAUUGUGCUGUAGAGUAGUUUUUAGUACCUCACUCGAUGUACUUUUAGAGUGGGCUAUUGAGGAUUCUGAAACUUCUGAACUUGCGGAAAUUCUUCAUCCAUAUUUAUUUUAGACUUCAUGAAUUGUUGCAUGUUUCUAUUUA